AUGAUUGUUAACGAGCUUAACCUAAUGCUAAGAGUAAUGGAUCGACCAGAAACAGGCCCAAACCUUGAAGUUGUAAAAUGAGAUGAGGAAAGAAUGAUAUUUUUCUUUGGCCUCUUAUGGUACACAUGUUGUGAAAAGUUUAUAAAAUUGCACACUAAAUUCUCAUUAAUAAUUUAAUUUGUCCUCUUAUCAAAUGCAGCUGACAACAAAGGGAAACCCCCAUCAGAAAAAAAAAAGUCUAUCCAUUUCCUCACCACAGUACUUUCCCUGGGAAAUUUCCUCAAUGUGAGGAGAACAAAGGAUUCAAAGAAACUGAAAUGGACAUCACUAUUGGGUGAAGAGAAGCAGCUGCUCCUGAUAAAGCUGCCCUACCAUUUUGAAAAGCUCUUACCACCACAAAGAGCACCACUUGUUUAA